CCCGGCGUUUUUUUUUUACCUGACGUGUCAUUGUCGCGCGACGAUAAUAAAACACGGUUCAAGGGCAUUUUUCUUGUUAAAGUUUAUACAUUUAAUUCCAGUUCUUAUAAUCCGGUUGCCGACUGUGUUUUAGAAUAUACAGGAACUCCGUUAGUAUUAUUUUAUCUGAAGGCAGGAUGUCUGAAAUUAAUCGAAGAUUAACUUCACUUGAGUGUGUAAUCUUGUUUAUACAGAAUAAUAAAAUGUUUGAUGAGUCAUUUGCGCUUGUACCUUUCCUGUACGUCCUUCUGAAACUGAUGUGUAAUUGCUUUCCAGUAUAGACAGGAUAUUUGGUUAGCUGUAAGAUGGAAAUUAUCCCGGUGCUCUCGUUGUCGGAGAAUUCGGAGAAGUGGGAAGCAUUUUCUUCUCUCCGUAAACAUUUCAAGCAGAAGUUUGGAUGUCAGCCUUCGUUUUACGUCAGAGUGCCCGGAAGAGUCAACAUCAUUGGAGAACAUAUUGAUUACUGCGGUUAUUCCGUCUUGCCCAUGGCCAUUGAACAAGAUAUUGUGGUGGCAGUGGUGGCCAACAAAAAUAACAGAUUAAAUCUUACCAAUGUGGAUCAGGAUUUCUACUCGGACUUCUCCACCGCCACCGAUGCCUUGAAAAUCGAUCGGUCCACUCUGGAAUGGCAUAAUUAUUUUUUGUGUGGUUUUCAAGGCAUCAUUGAAGAAUAUUCCUUAAAAUUACCACUUGGCAUGGAUGUUGCUUUGCAAGGAACCGUUCCGCCCUCAUCCGGUUUGUCCAGUUCCAGUGCCUUGGUUUGCUGUGCCGCUUUAGCUACAGCUUAUAUUAAUAGCAUAAGCAUUUCCAAAUUGGAGAUAGCAAGCUUAUGUGCCAAAUCCGAACGUUACAUAGGCACACAAGGAGGUGGAAUGGACCAGGCUAUUGCUUUUUUAGCUGAGAAAGGUUCUGCAAAAUUAAUCGAAUUUAAUCCAUUAAGAGCUACGGAUGUGCAUUUGCCGGCCGAAGCUGCAUUCGUAAUUGCAAACAGUUGUGUCGAGAUGAAUAAAGCUGCCACAUCACAUUAUAACACACGAGUGGUUGAAUGUCACCUGGCAGCUCAGAUAAUUGCAAAAGAUAAUAAUUUAGAAUGGAACACAUUCAAGAAAUUGGGUGACGUGCAGAAAGCACUAGGGGUAUCGCUUGAAAAAAUGCCGGAGUUAGUUGAUUCAUCGCUACACGAACAAUGCUAUACAAGGAAAGAAUUAUAUGAAAUUUUUCAUUAUUCGCCACAAGAAUUUGAAAGAAUAUUUUUAACUGACAAUACAAUUCAUCUCCAAGAAUUUAAACUAUAUCAAAGAGCAAUGCACGUUUAUAAAGAAGCACACAGAGUGAUAUGCUUUAAAACAAUUGCUGAAAAACGGUCCAACGUACUGACGGAUCUUGGUGAAUUAAUGAACGAGAGUCACGCCAGUUGUCGAGAUAUGUACGAAUGCAGUCACCCUCAACUGGAUAAAUUAGUAAAAAUAUCUAUUGGUGCGGGAGCUUUAGGAUCAAGACUCACUGGAGCUGGAUGGGGAGGAUGCAGUGUUUCUUUAGUUCCUAAAAGUAAAAUAAAUCAAUAUAUUGAAGAAGUAAAAGAAAAAUUCUACAGUAAUUUAAAUAAAGGAAAUUUAGAAAAUGUAAUUUUUGCAACCCAACCUGGAGGUGGUGCAGUAAUAUACAAAGUAUAAAUCAAAGAAUAAUAUAAUAUAUAAAAAUGAGGCCAGUAUAUAUUUGAUCUCAACAAAUUUUUUGUGCAAUUUUUAAGUUUCUUCUUCUUAUUUUAUUUAUACUAAAAAUAUAAAUAGCACCAAAAAUAAUUGUAUUUUUUUUUCUAAAUUAAGAAACACAAGAAUUACUUGAUAUUUUGCUAUUUAUAGUUUUAGUUAUAUACAUAUACAAUGUGCCUCCAUUAACAACAUAGUAAUUUAUUCUUUCUUGACAUUUUAAUUAUUAGGAAUUUUUCAGGUAAUAAAGACAACCUGUGAUAAAAUAUUGUUGCAUUAUAAUUUGUUGGUAAUUAGUAUCAAACUUUUUUGAUGAAAUAAAAUAAUCACACUUCAAUUUUUACUAUAAAAUCCCUAAUAUAAAGUUUUGUCUAAAGUCACAUUUGAAUUUUCAGUUGUCUAUGUAUACAGUAUAUUAUAUUAAAAUGAUAGAAAGAUGCCAAAACCAAAUCUAGUCUAGCCAAAAGUCUGGCAAUCAUUUAACUUUUUACAUAUUGAAUUGGGUUACUUUACUGUGGCAUCAGGCAUUGAGAUGUUUGUAUAUAUAAAAGAUAAGUUGAUGCACAAAAAUUUGGUGCUGUUGCCAAAUUGAUAAAAAGUUAAAGUUUAAAUAUAACAUAACUUUUACAUUUGAAAUCUUCCUGUUUUGUUGAUGUACAGAGCACGCUAGGUACAGUGUGUAUAAGUGAAUAAGCAAUAACCAAGGCAGAAACACCUUUCAUAGUGAGCUCACUUCAAUAAAUGCAAGAAUAUUUUCAAUGACAGACUUUUCUGAUGAAUAUUCACAUUUGAAAAAUGCAUACUGUAUCAGAUUUUUGAAUCUUGGUGCUGAGAACCAACACUGGGAGAACAAUCAUAAAUGCAAAGUAAUCGCAGUUCAGAACGUUAACAUUUGUUGGAAAUUUUCUUGGCAAGAUGCCUCUAACAUGUGGUCUGUGGCAUCCCAGGAUUUUGUGUUCCAGCAUAUCUUUUUAAGAUCUUUUGGAGAGAUCAGGGUUUGGUUUUGCCACCUUUGUCCUUUCCUUAUUAUUAAUCUUUGAUUUGAUAAAUUUUGAUUACUUUUGGAACAAUGAAUCUUUUUGUUAAAUUUCAUUUUUAAUUUUGUGUGUUAAGUAAAAGAAAAUUAUUUAAUCCAGAAAUUAAAAAAUUUGGGAGGAGAAUUUCAUCAUUGUUUUUGUAUCAAUACUUGUUAUUCUGUAUUAUAAAUAAUUUUUUUUUAAUUUAAAAAUAUUAUUAUGUACUUUGCCAAAAAUGAUUUGAUUAUGUACAAAGUUGUUCCCCACAGAUAAAUCACAAAAUGUAAUUAAAUUUUAUGGAACUAUAAAUAAAGUAAUUCAAAAAGUAA